AUGAAGGCUGAAGCUGACAAGAAGAAGGCUGACGAGGAUGCCAAGAAAAAGGCUGAAGCUGACAAGAAGGCUGAAGCUGACAAGAAGAAGGCUGACGAAGAUGCCAAGAAGAAGGCUGAAGCUGACAAGAAGGCUGAAGCUGACAAGAAGAAGGCUGACGAAGAUGCCAAGAAGAAGGCCGAGGCUGACAAGAAGGCUGAAGCUGACAAGAAGAAGGCUGACGAAGCUGACAAGAAGAAGGCUGAAGCUGACAAGAAGAAGGCUGACGAAGACGCCAAGAAGAAGGCCGAGGCUGACAAGAAGGCUGAAGCUGACAAGAAGAAGGCUGACGAGGAUGCCAAGAAAAAGGCCGAGGCUGACAAGAAGGCCGAGGCUGACAAGAAGGCUGAAGCUGACAAGAAGGCUGAAGCUGACAAGAAAAAGGCUGACGAAGAUGCCAAGAAGAAGGCUGAAGCUGACAAGAAGGCUGAAGCUGACAAGAAGAAGGCUGACGAAGCUGACAAGAAGAAGGCUGACGAAGAUGCCAAGAAGAACGCCGAGGCUGACAAGAAGAAGGCUGACGAAGAUGACAAGAUGAAGGCUGAAGCUGACAAGAAGAAGGCUGACGAGGAUGCCAAGAAAAAGGCUGAAGCUGACAAAAAAGCUGAAGCUGACAAGAAAAAGGCUGACGAAGAUGCCAAGAAGAAGGCUGAAGCUGACAAGAAGGCCGAGGCUGACAAGAAAGCUGAAGCUGACAAGAAGAAGGCUGACGAAGAUGACAAGAUGAAGGCUGAAGCUGACAAGAAGAAGGCUGACGAGGAUGCCAAGAAAAAGGCUGAAGCUGACAAAAAAGCUGAAGCUGACAAGAAAAAGGCUGACGAAGAUGCCAAGAAGAAGGCCGAGGCUGACAAGAAGGCUGCAGCUGACAAGAAAAAGGCUGACGAAGAUGACAAGAUGAAGGCUGAAGCUGACAAGAAGAAGGCUGACGAGGAUGCCAAGAAAAAGGCUGAAGCUGACAAGAAGGCUGAAGCUGACAAGAAGAAGGCUGACGAAGAUGCCAAGAAGAAGGCUGAAGCUGACAAGAAGGCUGAAGCUGACAAGAAGAAGGCUGACGAAGAUGCCAAGAAGAAGGCCGAGGCUGACAAGAAGGCUGAAGCUGACAAGAAGAAGGCUGACGAAGCUGACAAGAAGAAGGCUGAAGCUGACAAGAAGAAGGCUGACGAAGACGCCAAGAAGAAGGCCGAGGCUGACAAGAAGGCUGAAGCUGACAAGAAGAAGGCUGACGAGGAUGCCAAGAAAAAGGCCGAGGCUGACAAGAAGGCUGAAGCUGACAAGAAGAAGGCUGACGAAGCUGACAAGAAGAAGGCUGAAGCUGACAAGAAGAAGGCUGACGAAGACGCCAAGAAGAAGGCCGAGGCUGACAAGAAGGCUGAAGCUGACAAGAAGAAGGCUGACGAAGCUGACAAGAAGAAGGCUGAAGCUGACAAGAAGAAGGCUGACGAAGACGCCAAGAAGAAGGCCGAGGCUGACAAGAAGGCUGAAGCUGACAAGAAGAAGGCUGACGAGGAUGCCAAGAAAAAGGCCGAGGCUGACAAGAAGGCCGAGGCUGACAAGAAGGCUGAAGCUGACAAGAAGGCUGAAGCUGACAAGAAAAAGGCUGACGAAGAUGCCAAGAAGAAGGCUGAAGCUGACAAGAAGGCUGAAGCUGACAAGAAGAAGGCUGACGAAGCUGACAAGAAGAAGGCUGACGAAGAUGCCAAGAAGAACGCCGAGGCUGACAAGAAGAAGGCUGACGAAGAUGCCAAGAAGAAGGCUGAAGCUGACAAGAAGAAGGCUGACGAAGAUGCCAAGAAGGCUGACGAAGAUGACAAGAUGAAGGCUGAAGCUGACAAGAAGAAGGCUGACGAGGAUGCCAAGAAAAAGGCUGAAGCUGACAAGAAGGCUGAAGCUGACAAGAAGAAGGCUGACGAAGAUGCCAAGAAGAAGGCUGAAGCUGACAAGAAGGCUGAAGCUGACAAGAAGAAGGCUGACGAAGAUGCCAAGAAGAAGGCCGAGGCUGACAAGAAGGCUGAAGCUGACAAGAAGAAGGUUGACGAAGCUGACAAGAAGAAGGCUGAAGCUGACAAGAAGAAGGCUGACGAAGACGCCAAGAAGAAGGCCGAGGCUGACAAGAAGGCUGAAGCUGACAAGAAGAAGGCUGACGAGGAUGCCAAGAAAAAGGCCGAGGCUGACAAGAAGGCCGAGGCUGACAAGAAGGCUGAAGCUGACAAGAAGGCUGAAGCUGACAAGAAAAAGGCUGACGAAGAUGCCAAGAAGAAGGCUGAAGCUGACAAGAAGGCUGAAGCUGACAAGAAGAAGGCUGACGAAGAUGACAAGAUGAAGGCUGAAGCUGACAAGAAGAAGGCUGACGAGGAUGCCAAGAAAAAGGCUGAAGCUGACAAAAAAGCUGAAGCUGACAAGAAAAAGGCUGACGAAGAUGCCAAGAAGAAGGCUGAAGCUGACAAGAAGGCCGAGGCUGACAAGAAAGCUGAAGCUGACAAGAAGAAGGCUGACGAAGAUGACAAGAUGAAGGCUGAAGCUGACAAGAAGAAGGCUGACGAGGAUGCCAAGAAAAAGGCUGAAGCUGACAAAAAAGCUGAAGCUGACAAGAAGAAGGCUGACGAAGCUGACAAGAAGAAGGCUGACGAAGAUGCCAAGAAGAAGGCCGAGGCUGACAAGAAGGCUGAAGCUGACAAGAAGAAGGCUGACGAAGCUGACAAGAAGAAGGCUGACGAAGAUGCCAAGAAGAACGCCGAAGCUGACAAGAAGAAGGCUGACGAAGAUGCCAAGAAGAAGGCUGAAGCUGACAAGAAGAAGGCUGACGAGGAUGCCAAGAAAAAGGCUGAAGCUGACAAGAAGGCCGAGGCUGACAAGAAAGCUGAAGCUGACAAGAAGAAGGCUGACGAGGAUGCCAAGAAAAAGGCUGAAGCUGACAAGAAGGCUGAAGCUGACAAGAAGAAGGCUGACGAAGAUGACAAGAUGAAGGCUGAAGCUGACAAGAAGAAGGCUGACGAGGAUGCCAAGAAAAAGGCUGAAGCUGACAAGAAGGCUGAAGCUGACAAGAAGAAGGCUGACGAAGAUGCCAAGAAGAAGGCUGAAGCUGACAAGAAGGCUGAAGCUGACAAGAAGAAGGCUGACGAAGAUGCCAAGAAGAAGGCCGAGGCUGACAAGAAGGCUGAAGCUGACAAGAAGAAGGCUGACGAAGCUGACAAGAAGAAGGCUGAAGCUGACAAGAAGAAGGCUGACGAAGACGCCAAGAAGAAGGCCGAGGCUGACAAGAAGGCUGAAGCUGACAAGAAGAAGGCUGACGAGGAUGCCAAGAAAAAGGCCGAGGCUGACAAGAAGGCCGAGGCUGACAAGAAGGCUGAAGCUGACAAGAAGGCUGAAGCUGACAAGAAAAAGGCUGACGAAGAUGCCAAGAAGAAGGCUGAAGCUGACAAGAAGGCUGAAGCUGACAAGAAGAAGGCUGACGAAGCUGACAAGAAGAAGGCUGACGAAGAUGCCAAGAAGAACGCCGAGGCUGACAAGAAGAAGGCUGACGAAGAUGACAAGAUGAAGGCUGAAGCUGACAAGAAGAAGGCUGACGAGGAUGCCAAGAAAAAGGCUGAAGCUGACAAAAAAGCUGAAGCUGACAAGAAAAAGGCUGACGAAGAUGCCAAGAAGAAGGCUGAAGCUGACAAGAAGGCCGAGGCUGACAAGAAAGCUGAAGCUGACAAGAAGAAGGCUGACGAAGAUGACAAGAUGAAGGCUGAAGCUGACAAGAAGAAGGCUGACGAGGAUGCCAAGAAAAAGGCUGAAGCUGACAAAAAAGCUGAAGCUGACAAGAAAAAGGCUGACGAAGAUGCCAAGAAGAAGGCCGAGGCUGACAAGAAGGCUGCAGCUGACAAGAAAAAAGCUGACGAAGAUGACAAGAUGAAGGCUGAAGCUGACAAGAAGAAGGCUGACGAGGAUGCCAAGAAAAAGGCUGAAGCUGACAAGAAGGCUGAAGCUGACAAGAAGAAGGCUGACGAAGAUGCCAAGAAGAAGGCUGAAGCUGACAAGAAGGCUGAAGCUGACAAGAAGAAGGCUGACGAAGAUGACAAGAUGAAGGCUGAAGCUGACAAGAAGAAGGCUGACGAAGAUGACAAGAUGAAGGCUGAAGCUGACAAGAAGAAGGCUGACGAGGAUGCCAAGAAAAAGGCUGAAGCUGACAAAAAAGCUGAAGCUGACAAGAAAAAGGCUGACGAAGAUGCCAAGAAGAAGGCUGAAGCUGACAAGAAGGCCGAGGCUGACAAGAAAGCUGAAGCUGACAAGAAGAAGGCUGACGAAGAUGACAAGAUGAAGGCUGAAGCUGACAAGAAGAAGGCUGACGAGGAUGCCAAGAAAAAGGCUGAAGCUGACAAAAAAGCUGAAGCUGACAAGAAGAAGGCUGACGAAGAUGACAAGAUGAAGGCUGAGGCUGACAAGAAGAAGGCUGACGAAGAUGACAAGAUGAAGGCUGAAGCUGACAAGAAGAAGGCUGACGAGGAUGCCAAGAAAAAGGCUGAAGCUGACAAAAAAGCUGAAGCUGACAAGAAAAAGGCUGACGAAGAUGCCAAGAAGAAGGCCGAGGCUGACAAGAAGGCUGAAGCUGACAAGAAGAAGGCUGACGAAGCUGACAAGAAGAAGGCUGAAGCUGACAAGAAGAAGGCUGACGAAGACGCCAAGAAGAAGGCCGAGGCUGACAAGAAGGCUGAAGCUGACAAGAAGAAGGCUGACGAGGAUGCCAAGAAAAAGGCCGAGGCUGACAAGAAGGCUGAAGCUGACAAGAAGAAGGCUGACGAAGCUGACAAGAAGAAGGCUGAAGCUGACAAGAAGAAGGCUGACGAAGACGCCAAGAAGAAGGCCGAGGCUGACAAGAAGGCUGAAGCUGACAAGAAGAAGGCUGACGAGGAUGCCAAGAAAAAGGCCGAGGCUGACAAGAAGGCCGAGGCUGACAAGAAGGCUGAAGCUGACAAGAAGGCUGAAGCUGACAAGAAAAAGGCUGACGAAGAUGCCAAGAAGAAGGCUGAAGCUAACAAGAAGGCUGAAGCUGACAAGAAGAAGGCUGACGAAGCUGACAAGAAGAAGGCUGACGAAGAUGCCAAGAAGAACGCCGAGGCUGACAAGAAGAAGGCUGACGAAGAUGCCAAGAAGAAGGCUGAAGCUGACAAGAAGAAGGCUGACGAGGAUGCCAAGAAAAAGGCUGAAGCUGACAAGAAGGCUGAAGCUGACAAGAAGAAGGCUGACAAAGAUGCCAAGAAGAAGGCCGAGGCUGACAAAAAGGCUGAAGCUGACAAGAAAAAGGCUGACGAAGAUGCCAAGAAGAAGGCUGAAGCUGACAAGAAGGCUGAAGCUGACAAGAAGAAGGCUGACGAAGCUGACAAGAAGAAGGCUGACGAAGAUGCCAAGAAGAAGGCUGAAGCUGACAAGAAGGCUGAAGCUGACAAGAAGAAGGCUGACGAAGCUGACAAGAAGAAGGCUGACGAAGAUGCCAAGAAGGCUGAAGCUGACAAGAAGAAGGCUGAAGCUGACAAGAAGAAGGCUGACGAAGAUGCCAAGAAGAAGGCCGAGGCUGACAAGAAGGCUGAAGCUGACAAGAAGAAGGCUGACGAAGAUGCCAAGAAGAAGGCUGACGAAGAUGCCAAGAAGAAGGCCGAGGCUGACAAGAAGGCUGAAGCUGACAAGAAGAAGGCUGACGAAGAUGGCAAGAUGAAGGCUGAAGCUGACAAGAAGAAGGCUGACGAAGAUGCCAAGAAGAAGGCCGAGGCUGACAAGAAGGCCGAGGCUGACAAGAAGGCUGAAGCUGACAAGAAGGCUGAAGCUGACAAGAAAAAGGCUGACGAAGAUGCCAAGAAGAAGGCCGAGGCUGACAAGAAGGCUGCAGCUGACAAGAAGAAGGCUGACGAAGCUGACAAGAAGAAGGCUGAAGCUGACAAGAAGAAGGCUGACGAGGAUGCCAAGAAAAAAGGCCGAGGCUGA